AUGCUCAGCCCAAAAGCAGAAGCGUUUCAAAUAGAAAAUUUACUUGGACUCAAAACUAAAGACAGAACAGAAGAGGAAAAAAACACAGUCACCGGAAACACAGUGAGGAACAUAUGUCUUUCGUCCACGGCUAGUGGUGGUAUACAAUGUAUACACCCGGCAAGACAGACUGUUCACGAUAUAUCUGAUAGAAGUCAGAUAAGUAUUGAGCUCUGCCACAGUGAUCUCUGGCACGCCUUCCAUAACCUAGGAACGGAGAUGAUUAUCACCAAAACUGGCAGACGAAUGUUUCCCGCAGUCAGGGUGAGAAUCCAAGGACUUGAACCCAACAAACGCUACAGAGUGUAUUUAGACUUUCAACAACAGGAUAAACACAAAUACAGAUAUGUAUACCACAGUUCAAAAUGGAUGGUGUCCGGUUCCGGAGAGACCAUGGUCCCUAACCAAGUUCAUCAUCAUCCAGACUCUCCAUUGGACGCUUCCCAUCUGACGUCACAAGUCGUGUCAUUCGAACGUAUCAAGUUAACCAACAGCGAUAAGUCGAGAGCGGGCCAGGUAUCCUUAGUGUCAAUGCAAAAAUUCAUCCCACGAAUACAUGUGGAGAGUGUGAUGACGGACCACGUAGCAGGAGAGUUUGAGAAGCAACAUUUUGUAGUCACGUUCCCACAAACGUCCUUUAUAGCGGUAACAGCUUACCAAAACCAAGAGGUGGGUUAUAUCAUUUCAAAACCAAGAGGUGGAAGUUCCUUAGAAGCUAUGAUGGAAUCUUAUGGGCUACAAGUCGAAGGUCCUAGCUCGUUUGACAUGAACUCAUUGUUAGGAAGAAGAAUGCUGAAACGAAGUGCUCACCAAAGAGACGAAACCUACAGUACAAAUGCCGAGGGAGAGUGUUUGACUUCCGUCCAUGGCCUCUACCCCUAUACAUACAUACAACGUCCAAUGUCAGUCAUCACCAUGGAUCCAUCUAUGGCUUUGCCUGGUUAUAUCAAGGUUGAGAGUCCUGACAUGUACUCGUCAGAUGUCUAUAAGAACAGUUGUCAACAGACAGAGGAGUCAUAUAAGUUCCAUCUUGAUACAAAAUAUCAGCAGCUUGACCCAUGGAAAUCUUGUGUGUCUUCCUGA